AUGAGAUUGAGUGAAAUGCUUACCGAAAGUCUAUGGAGAGCAGCAAGCCAGAACAUGAGUAAUUUGAAGAUUCUUCAUUUGUCACAUAACAAUAUUACAAGGCUUCGUGUUGAAAGUUUUCGAGGUCUGGGUGAACUGAAAUCUUUAUAUCUGAAAGACAGAAACGUUUUAACCGUACCACUUAAUAGUGAUGAUAAUGGAGAAAUAUUUCUACACCUGAAGAAACUUAAAAACUUGUCUCUUUCAGACAAUAAGUUGACCUGUCUACCUACCAAUAUAUUCAGAGUUUUGAGCAAUCUACGUUCCCUGAAUCUCUCCUAUAAUUUUCUAACUGAUUUGGAUUUAUACAUGUCACACAUGAGAAACUUAAGCAUGAUAUCGCUUCAAAAUAAUCUUCUCGAAAAUAUAAACAAAGAUGUUAAGAUAUUCUUCACUGAUCUUAUUUAUUUAUUUAUUUUAUAUCGUUGGAACCUCAGGUACAUGUACUAUUCAGCUAAAACCAGAUGGAAUCGAAAUGGAUAUACACAAAUUGCAGAGGCAGAUGUCGAAGUCCCCGAGUUCGAAUUUGAUGUGUUUGUGUCAUAUGCCGCAAAAGACGGUGCAUUUGUGAAGGAAUCAGUGUUUGCAGAACUUGAGGAAAAGCGAAAUAUGAAGAUGCUGAUACACGAUCGAGAUUUUCGAGCUGGAGAAUUUGUUAAUGAUAACAUAAUGCAUGCCAUUAUCACAUCUAGGAAGACUUUAAUUAUUCUUUCGAAAGCAUUUCUACAGAGCCACUGGUGCCGAUUUGAAAUGCAUAUGGCUAGGCUUGGGCCUAUAAAGACAGGGAGAAAUGUACUUUGUGUUUUGAUGAAGGAUCACGUCCCAACGAAAGGAUUACCACUCGAAAUAAUUGACAUCAUCAGAAAUCGAACGUAUCCAGAGAUGCCUGAUGAGAUUGUGCAUUGUGCAGAUGUUUUCUGGGACAGACUCAGGGACGCGCUUAUGCAUUAG